AUGGAAAGAAAAAAAACAUUUAAUUUUCACGUUUACUUGCCAGAAAAUAUUGAAAAAAUUGGGCAGCCCGUAGUUCUUGGUGAUGCAGACGAACUAGGAGCGUGGGGAAGGCCUAUUGUAAAACUUCGUCAACAAAAUCGAACUUAUUGGAAAUCUGAUCCUGUUUCGAUAUCUAUUAUAUCUAGUAUUCAAUACAAAUAUGCUAUUCAUAUACCUAAAUCUGAUCCUACAUCCAGAAGAGAAAAUUUUGAAUUUGAAGGAUUUAAUGAAAUUGAUGCUGGAGAUAAUCGUACGUUGGAUGUUCAGAGAAACGAUCAAUUUGAUAUAUGGAAAAUACGUGAUGAUUUUUCUUUUAUAGAUUAUAUUUAUAAUUCUAUCGAAAUUAAUAACCUUAGAGAUAAAGUUUUAGACUAUCAACACUUAUUGACCCUCCACAGUGAUCUUACCAUUCAUGCAUCAAAUCCCAAAUUUAUUAUCGAUCGAAUUGAUGACAAUAUUACAGAAAAACGACUGUUCUUAUGUAUUCUCUUAGGGUAUUAUAUUUCAAAAAGAGAAGGCUUGUCCUAUGAACUUCCGGAUAAUUUCCCAUCUAACUUAUUACUUAACGCGCUUGAGAAUUAUAAACAAGAAAGUUUGCCUUUAGACGCCAAAGAUCAAAUGUACACUGCUAUUUUAGCUUUAAUCCAGCAUAAUGCUUUUCAGAUGAAAUUCGAGUGGCUUAUUAUCUUUUCAAUUGCGACUAACGUUGAUCCCAAUUAUACCUUCAUUAAUCACUUAAAAGGCUUAAAGUAUUCUAAUGAAAAUUUAACAAAAUUUAUUGAAAGAUAUAAAAUCAUUAAAACUUAUACUGAGAAUAUUAAAUUAGAAUCUUAUGUUGAAAUCGCAAAGUGGUUACUCCAAUUAUGUCACAAUAUUGACUCUCUUUUAAAAAUUUGGAAUGAUGUUCUUGUUCAUAACAACGAAAUUGAUUGUAAUCUUUUUGAGUGUUUUAUUGGACAAAUUCGAUCUCAUGGUGAUGCUGUUGCCUUAGAAUGCUACUUUAGAAGCCUUUCGAAAGAUUAUCGAGACCGUGUUUCAGGAAUCGUCCGAAAUCAAGUUAUAUCUUUACUUGAAAGUCCUAAUAAAAAGUGGACAUAUGAAAAUAUCGAUGCUAUUAAAAAAUUAUUACAUGAUAAUAGUCUGGUUUGGCACAGAGAUGAAGUUAUUCAAUCAUUAGAGCUAAUAUCUCAGUCACAUACUUUGGAAUUAUUAAAAAUAUUUCCUGAAAUUUUAGACGAUUGGUUCCGUAGUGAUUUUUCAGAUACCAAAGAGAAAAAGAUACCAAAAAUUUGUGUAAUUUGGUUUAAAAAUCUUCUCUCCAAACUCGAUACAAGCACAAGUAAUAAAAACGAGAGCAAUUUUAUUUUUUUGGUAUUUCAACAAUUAGAACUUAUGCAUCCUUUGCUUUGCCAAAGGAUUAAUAUUUGGCGAGAUUUGACAACAAUUGCCAUAGAUAGAGUGAAGAAUUGUUCAGAAGACCGAAUCUUUGCUGCAACAAAAUUAAUAGUACAAAUAAAGCAAGAUAAUGUUGAAGUAUUAUUUUUAGAGAUGGUAAAAGACAUGUUAAAUAAGUCUACUCAACAAACUUAUGAUCAGCUGUUGAAUAAGAUACGCAUUAUUUGCGAUUGCGAAACAGCCGAGAUUCUGGACGUUCCAAACAUGAUAAGCGAAGAUAUUUUGUAUCAUAUUAUGACUAUAUUGCAAAGCCAAUCGACUGUAUCCAGCGCUUCAGAACAUUAUUUGAAUAUUUUAAAGGCUAGUAAAUUUUGGAAUAUUAUAUUACGCGCUAUUGGAAACGUCGCAAAACUUAACUCAAACCCAUUUGUUAAAAUUAUUAAAAUGUCUAUUAAUGAACUUGCUGGAUUUCUUCUUGAAAAAACUAUUGAUGUCCAAUUAUUGCAAAAAAUUUUAGAAUUUAAUGACGAAUAUCUAUUUCGACAUUUUGAUGCGGCUGUUGCUGAGAAGAAAGCAUUAGGAGACGUAAUCGUUUCUCGAGAUGAAAUUGCAAAACUUAGAAAGAUAUGUAAUAAUUAUCAAAAUCAACUCGAUGUACUUUCCAAAUUUUAUAACGGAUUUUGUCCAAACGAUAAAGUAACAGAUGUAGCUGAUUAUAUUCGAGAUUUAAAACAACAUUUGCAAAAUUCAGAUAAAACAAAGGUGAAACAAGUGCUCUUAUCAGAUCAUUGGGCAUUCCAUGAGAAAACUAUGGACAGUGCAAGAAAUUGCUACAAAUUUAAUCGAUCUCAAGCUUUUCGAAAUAUCUUCGAUUUUUGUAUUAAGGAAGACGCUGCUGCAAUAAACGUAGAAUACAUCGCUCAAAAAUUAAUUCCAAUUGUCUUUGAAAAGUAUAAUGCUAUGUGUAUACAACUUAAGGAUUGGGAAAAGUUCAAAUGCUCAGAAGCAUCUUUGCUUUGGAAAAAUGUUACAGAUGUUAGUUCGGAGCUUGAUUUGAUGGAAGGCUGUAUAAUCUCUAAAAGUCAAAGGUUUGUGCAGACUCUUGAUUAUCUUUCAAAAAUUCCUCAUUGGGCCCAACGACUCGAAGAGCUAGAAAAGGUCGUGGAAAUGGAAAUCUUCAAAGUACCACACAAUGAAGAUGAUUGGCUAUCAAAAGCAAUUCGUAUUUUAAAAGAUGAUUCCAUGCACCUUGGGCAAAUUAAUAAUUUUUUCGAUUACCUUGAUAGGAAUCUUUCUAAUGUUAAUCAAGAUUGUUGGAAAUUGAUAAAAGAGUUAUCAAGCGCUGAAGAAUUUUUAAGUUUCUUAAAAAAAAUUGCCGAACAUGAUAUUAAAAAUCUGAUUAAUGGUGUGUAUGAUCAUUCGGAGGAAAGAUUGAUUCAAGAAGAUACUGUUUCAUCACUCAUCCAAGUUAAACAAUUUUUAUUUCCUCUUAUGAAUAAAAAUAUGGAAGCUAUUUCUGAUUUGUUGAAAGAACUAUUAAAUGUCAUUAAGAAGAACUAUACCUUAGGAGAAAAGAUUGCAUUAUGUAAUAGUAGCAAUAUGGCGCUGCAAAAUAUGUACAAUAAUAUUCAAAAUCGUGGAGAAGUUACUAAAGAAAAAAUCAAGAAUGCCGUAAUUAAUGGGACCUUCACAUUUACACUUAACCAAAAAGAAGACAAAUGCUUAGUUUCUUUACAAUAUCCCUCUAAAUCUAAUGUGAAAUAUAAUCUAAACGAAAUAUUAGAUUUACGUGGACGGGCUCUUUUGAUUGCAAACCAAAAAAAUUCGGAUAUAAUAAAUAACGAAGAGGCAGAAAUGUCCAAAGAUGUUAUGGAUAAAUUUGUUGCCCAAGUUGAUAUUGUUCAAGAAAUAAUUAACAUAGUGUCCAUGUUAAUACUAAUGGGGCAUUUUGGUUAUAGAAAAUUCGAAAAUAAAUUACAAGGAACGGAUAAUAUGAAAGAUUACCUGAAAUUUUUAAAGGAAGAACUUAAAGAAUGGCAAAGUAUAGUAGAUCGUGCACAACAAAGAUGUUAUUAUUUGACAUUCUUUUUCGCUCGCCACAUUUUAGCAUUCUAUGAUUAUUUCACGUCAGAAAAAUUAGAUAAGGAUAAUGAAGAAGAAUGCAAAAUAUUGAUUAGAUUUGUAAAUAGUAAAGCCCAAUUACCGACAACUCGUAAGGAUAUACAAAAAAUUUUACGUGGAUCUAAAAAUUAUCUUGAAAUUCUUACCGAAAUUGGAAAUGAAUUAGAAAGAAUUUCUAGAAACGUUCCAAAACAAUCUCGUAAACCUAAAGCUGCUGGGCAACGCGUAAUGUCAGAUAUUGUUACAAAGGGAAAAUUAUUUGUUGCGGCUUGUACUGACAAAUCAAGAGUUUCAAAUGUUAUUAUGUCAUUGUAUACUAAUCAUGGAUAUUAUCCCGAGCCGUGGCAACUCCUCAUAUGUACUUCCAUAACUACAAUGGAAGAACUUACUAUUUUCAUUAAAAGAAGUUUUUAUGCAUCAAAAAAUGGAUAUGAAAAUCACUUAUUUUGUAUUGCAAAUUUGGAACUAUUGGAAUUUGAACUACAAUAUAAUUUAGUUAACCAAAUUAGAUCAAUGCAAAGAAUACAUGAUCAAGAUAAGGAAUAUCUUUUGGCGCUUAUUUGUUGUAGGGAAACUGGAAUGCAUCAUCAUAUUUUAGAUCAAUUUUCAUUGGAUGUUCAUGCAACCAAUGGUUUAAUUACUGAUACAAUGAGCCAAAUUUAUAGAGAAUUGUGUCAGAAUGUUAUACGUGUUUCUUCCGACUUAUCAGGACAAGGUAAAACUGAAUGGAUUAAAGAAGCUAGUUUCGCUAAAAAGAAAAUUCCUCGUAGCAUAUUAAUAAGUGAUGAUAUGGAGUUCGGUAGACUUGUACGUCAAUUCAAAAAAUGUAAACUCCGACCCGUAGAAAGCUUACAUAUUAAUAUAGUAUCAUCAGACCAUCCUGAGGAUGUUAACAUGUUCUUAUUUGAGUUAUUAACUUUGGGUAUAGUUUUUACUAAUGUUGAUAUAGCCUGCUUACCUCCUUCGGAAACGCCCACAUAUAUAUUUAUUGAAAUAGCUUCAACAACAAAGCAACAUUUACUUAAUUCUCUUCCUAUGGCAAGUUACUUACUAUUCAAUCAUUUGUCAUGGAAUAUUAAGAAUUUGAGAGUUUCUCAAGAAAUCAACAGUCCAAUGCAGGUUGCUUGUAGUUACUUGAAUUUAUUAGAUCGUAAUGAAAUAGAUACAAAAGAAACUCUUUUCCGGAUAGAUAAGACAAUCAAAAACCCAUUACCAAUAGAACGCUGUCAAAAUCUUAUUGCAAAAUAUUUCUUUAAUAACAAAAAUGCUGCAGAUAUUUCUUCAUUUAGAUUUGUUGAAAUAUUUAUUAAUGUACUUGCUGAUCAAUUGCUUCGCCUAUCAUCAAGUCAAUUCUUUACUGUAGACAAUCUUACAUUAAUGGUAAAAGAAACUAAUAUUAAAACUUUAAUAGUAAAAAGCUUAAUAGAUGUUUCAAAAGAUUUCGCGACCAGAUCGGUUAAGACCAAAGUGGCACAAUUAGAAUCUAUAGCUGCAGAUGCUAACAAUGCCCGUCUUAGUACAAUUGUUCAAUGGGAUGAUUCGAACCAUAUUCUAGGAUUCUUCAAUUCUCAAAAACUAAAUACCAUCUCAGCUUUAUAUCGUGACAGAAAAAAGGUUCAUGAUAAUGUUAAGGUUUUACUAAAAAGUCAAAUAAUUGGCGAUCAAACAAAAUGGGAACUAGAUGAUUAUAAUUCGAUGUCCACAAAUGCCCUCUUCGUAAGGUUGGAAUAUUUGGCACGAAGAUCGACGGAAAAAUUAGAACUUCCUGAAUAUGCUUUGUCUGGUGAUAAUUUAAUAAAGAUGGCUUUAAUUCUUCUAAGAACACGUGCAAACAUUCCGGUCAUAGUUUGUGGUGAAGUAGGGUGUGGCAAGACAAGCUUAAUUACCUAUUUGGCUAUGAUGGUCGAAGUUCAAUUCUUAGCUCUUAAUCUUCAUGCUGGAAUUGAUGAAGGAAUUAUUAUGAGGUUUAUGAAUGAUGCUUUGAAAAAAGCAGAAAAUGGAGAAAUUUGGUUAUUCUUUGAUGAGAUCAAUACUUGCAAUCAUAUAGGUUUACUUGCAGAUUUAAUAUCUCAUCGAAUGCUUAAGGGCAAACCUAUACAUCCGAAUAUUCGUCUAUUCUCUGCCUGCAAUCCAUAUCGUAAUCAUACAAGAAUUCAAAGUGAAGCUGGUUUGACAAAUAAGGUGAAAAGGUAUGAAGAACAUAGCAAUCUUGUUUAUCAAGUCAAACCACUUCCCGAUCAAAUUAUGGAUUAUGUAUGGGACUAUGGUGUAUUAAGACCAAAAGACGAAUUAAAGUAUAUUGAAAUCAUGGUUGAAAAAGAAUUAAAAAAAUUAGGACAUCCGGUAUUUGCCGAACUUUUAUUUGUUUCUCAAAAAUUUAUUCGAAAGGUUGAAGAACCAUAUAGUGUUAGCUUACGUGAUGUUAAACGAGCUAUAACGUUGGUGAAAUUCUUUUAUAAUUCUAUUGAAAAUCGUCCGGUUUACAAGAAGGGUCACAAAUAUCCACCACCUGGAAAUCCAACUAUAACAACUAGAUCUUAUGUUUUAGCACUUAGUCUCUGUUACCAUUCUCGAUUAUAUGAUCAAAAUUUACGCAAACAAUAUCGUCGCGAAAUGGGACAAAUAUUACAAAAUCAUGAAGAUUAUAUAGGGGAGCAUAUGUUUGCCAAAAUUAUUCGCGAAGAACAAGAAGAUUAUAUUAACAGGAUGCAAUGUCCACUUAAUACGGCAUAUAAUGAAGCUUUAUUAGAGAAUGUUUUUGCUAUGAUUGUAUGCAUUUUGACACGAAUCCCACUGUUUCUUAUAGGGACCACUGGCUCUUCAAAAUCUUUGGCAAUUCGUCUUAUAAGUUCGAAUUUACGCGGAUCUGAUUCAAAUGAUAAAUAUUUCAGAAAGUUACCACAGAUUUACAUGAUUCCAUAUCAAGGAUCUUCAUCUUCAACUUCUGACGGUUUAAUAAAAGUUUUUGUUAAGGCAAAUGAAUAUCAAGAAACGACUUCUAAACAAUUUCCUGUUAUCAGUGUUGUUUUACUUGAUGAAGUUGGUUUGGCUGAAACAAGUCCUUUUAAUCCAUUAAAAGUACUUCAUUCUCUGCUUGAGCCGAGCUAUCCGGCCACAGGACCAACUGUUUCAGUGAUAGGAAUAUCUAGUUGGCGUUUAGAUAAUAGUAAAAGUAGCCGCGCAUUACUCGUUCAGAGGCCACAAUUUAGUUUAGAUGAUUUAGUUGAUACUACUGAGCGCUUAUUAAAUACAAGGGUUAUUGGUUAUGGACAAAGAGACGCUUUGGAACCUUUAGCUAAAGCAUAUAUGGAUUACGAAAAAAAUGGCCAAGCUUUGCCUAACUUUCAUGGUCUUCGCGACUAUUACGCAUUGGUCAAACAGCUUUCAUUAGAUGAAAUGACUCCAGAGAAUAUACAAGUGGCAUUGGCUCGCAAUUUUGGAGGAACAGAAAAUAACAAAUUAUACGAAAAAUAUUUUGGAGGCGUACUUAAGACAUUUAAUAAUCAUAAACCAUGGUUUUAUAAACAAAUUUCUGUUAAAAAAUUGAUCAAUUCAAAUUUAGAUGAUUCUGAUGCACGUCAUUUAAUGGUUAUUGGUAAAAGUGACUCGAUCGUAAAUUUAUUAACUUAUCAGUUAAAACGAAGAGAUUUGGAUCCCGUUGUAAUUUUAGGAUCACAGUUUCCUGACGAUCAGGAUGAUUAUUCUUACAGUGUUUUAAGUAGAAUAAUGAUGUGUGUAGAAGCAGGUAGACCAUUGAUUCUAACAGACUUAGAAAUAAUUUAUGGAAACCUUUAUGAUUUAUGGAAUCAAAGUUAUAUUGUAGUAGGAGACAAGGAUAAUCCUAAAUACUUUACACGAGUGGCACUUGGGGCGUAUGCUAAUCCUAUGCUUUACGUUUCGCAGUAUUUUAAAUGCAUUGUUGUUAUGGAUGAGAGUAAUUUAACUUCGGUUAACCCCUCACUUUUUAAUCGAUUUGAAAAGCAAAAAUUGUCAAUAAAUGAUAUGCUUGACGAUAAACAAAAAUUACUUAUUGAAUAUUUAGACAAUUGGAUAAAGCAAAUGUCAACUUUGGUUAAAACUAAUUCAGGGAUUGACUUAAAUAAUAGAUUCACCCGAAGGGAUUUAUUCAUUGGAUUUAAUAAAGAUGAAACUUUACAAAGUUUAAUGUUUUACAUUACAAAGAAUAAUCUCGAAGCUAAUGAUAAUGAGAUUUUAGAAAAAUGUAAAGAAUCAUUAAUUGCAAUAGCAUCUGCUGAUGGAAUUAUAAGAGCAGGAUUAUCAAUUUUAGAACAAGAUGAAGUUGAUCGGUGGAAACAUGUUUAUUUCAAUCAACAACAUCAUAAUGGCCUUUCCAAUUAUUUUGACGCCUUAUUUGAUCAAGAUAAAUUGUGUUCAGAUCCUAAGGGACAAUUAGUGAUUAUAAACACAUUUUCUAAGAUAACAGUAGAUUUUAAAUCUUGUUUACAAGAUUAUUUAAGAUAUCAAGUACAUAAUUUGUCGACCAUUAAGACCGAAGUUCAAAUAUCGAAAAUUGUAAAAGAUUUCUUUUUUGAAUCAAUAGAUCAAGUUUUAAUUCUUCAGUGUGAUAUUAAUACUAUUAAUAUUAAAUGUGUCAAAUUAGUGAAGUAUAUUAUUGAACAGUUUCGAAGCGAGUUUUUGGCCAAAAAAGAAACAUGUGAAAUAAAUACGACUAUUAAGCAUGCAUGUAUAAUAUUUCAUAUUCGACGAGACUAUGAAUCAAAUUUAAUAAAAUCUAGUUUUAUUUGCGGCUGGAAACAAAUUACUAUUGAAUCGUUAAAAUCAUCAGAGGCACCGUUAGCGAAUUUUUUGGAUAAGUCAUUAUAUAAAACAAUUAAUUCGGAGCUUUUUGAAAAAAUAGUUGAUUCAACAAUGCCAUUUGAAAAAAUUCUUAAAAAUGAAUUAUUAUGGUGUUUAUCAUGUAUAAAAUAUCAACAUUCCAAUGUAAAUUAUAUCAGUACGUUGGGUAAUCAAAUUUUAAGCAAUUCGAUUUUUGUAAAUUGUAUUAAAACUAAAACUUUUGAAUGGGUUUUAGAAAAUUGCAAAAAUUGGCAAUAUGAAAUAGUUUUAGAUAAAACGUAUUUAUCAAAAUUUACUUGCUUAUCACUGGCUUUACAAGAUUAUAUAAGAAUAAUUAUUAAGCAGACUGUUGCUAAAAUUAUAUAUUCACUUGAAAAUUUAUCAGCAGUAGCUACAUUUUUCAAUUAUAACAAUAAGGAAUCUAAAAUAAAAAAUGAAUUAUCCGAUUUAUGGAAACAUUUCUUUAUGGAUAAUACAAUAAUCAAUAUUAAUAGUUUAUGUGAACCAAAACCUUCUAUAUAUAAAAUAUCUCACUUAAUUAUUAAUGAUCUCGAAUUUCCUUUUUCAUAUUAUUUCUUUGAUCAAAUUGAUUCUUAUAAAAGGGUAUAUUAUGAGGAACUAGAUAUUUUAAAGCAAGUUUUAGAAAAUGAUGAUGGAUUAAUUGAAAAUCAUCUUGAAGAUUUUAAGAACAAUUUGAUUUCUAUAUAUCCAAAUUUUGAAUAUUUGCAAAAAUAUUCAGAGUUGUAUUAUAAUGAUUUUAUUAAAAUAAAUUUAUCAAUUUAUUCAACGAAAUUGGAUUUUAUUUUAAGACAUUUAAUUGGAAUAACUGAUGAUAAAAUUGUAAAUCCAUUUAUUCUUCAUACUCAUUGGUGGAAAUAUGCUGCAGAAAUUCUAAUUCAAUUAAAAUUGGCUGAAACAUUUCCAGAUCUUAUUACAAAAGCUCAGAAUGAUUUUAUUGUAUAUGGUAAACUUGAUCGAUACCUUUUCAAAGAAUCAAUUAAUUUGAUUUUACAAAAUAUAUGUGAUGAUAAACCAUGGAAACAAGAUAUGGAUUUUAUUUCAUCCAUAUAUUAUAAAAUUAAUGAUUCAAAGAAUUUUUCAAACUUGCACUUAUUAUUUAUAUGCAAUGAUUUAUUAAAUAUUAAUACAAUUCCAUUAGAAAAAAUCAAAGAAAUUAUUAAUUUAGGAAAAUCCACCAAAAACCAAGAAAUUAUUACAACUGAAAUUAUCAAUUUGGUAUUUAGUAAUUUAGACAAUAACAAUAAUGAAAUUCCUAUUACAUCAUUUAUUAAAAGAAGCCUUAACCUUAUUUCUUUGGAAUCAGAAAUUCGUUUAACUCUUUACAAACAUAUAUUUUCACAAUAUUCUUUCAAACUAAUGAAUAAUGGUAUAAUUAAAAAAAUAUUUACUACUGAAAUCCAACAAAACAAACAAAUAUUUUUCAUGUUAAUUAAAAAUUCCGAAAGGGCUUUACAACUUUCAAUUAGAUUGAAAACUAUUAAUGAUAAUAUUAACGACAUCAACUCAAAUAUGGCUGAGUCUUGCUGUGAAAUAAUUCAAUCAAUUUUCAAUCAAUUUGAAUUAAAUGAAUUGUUACCUUAUUUUAAGAAUUCAAUUGAAUCAUCUACAAAUCAAGAAGAUUUGCCUUUACAACAAAUAACUUCAAUUGCAUUUUUAAAAGAAUUUAUAAAUAAAUACUGGAAGAAUUACUUCCAAAAAGAUAAUUCUUUAUCCAAGUCAUUAAUUAAAGAAAUUAAUAAUGUUAUGAAAAUCAGUGGUAAUCUAUUUAUGCAUUCAAUACGAUCUUAUUUUAUGCUAAUUUUAUAUCAACAAAGUUCUUUUGAUAUAAAGCAACUCGAAAUAUUAAAGAAAGAGUUUACAUUUUUUAAAAAUUUUACUAAUAUAGAGUCAAUUACCAAUAUGGAAAUGUAUUUUCCUCCUAAACUUUGGAAAUCAAUCAUAAAAGUGAAUUUUAAAGAUUUUCAUACAUAUUAUAAUAAUAAUUUGGAUAAAUAUCCUUUACUUUCAGUAUUUUUUAAACAUAAUAAGAACUUAAAUUUCAUUAAACACCUUCAUCCAAUUAUUAGAUUUGUAAAAAUUUUAAGCUUUAAACUUGAAUAUCAUCUAACUAGAAAAACAGCUCAAAUUAUGACAUUUCAUGAAUUUAUUAAAAAAGAAUCUGCAGAUGAUAAUGAAUAUGCUAAUUUAAAAUCUUUAUUUGAAGAAUUUGCUAUUAGUUGGAAUUCUAUUAUCAGCCAUAUUGAUCAAUAUCAAUCUGAAGAAUUACUCAAUAAGCCACAUAUGAAUCUUGAACUUCCUGUAAUUUUUGGAUUAGUUGAACAAAAAAAUAAUGGAAUUUACUUAUGUGCAAUUUUAGACUUUUUAAUUAAAUUACACAAUGAAUUUUUAGACGAUAUUAUAAAUAUUCCAAUUGAAGAAUGUAAAAGCCUUGACUUUAUAAAGAAUUUGUCUUGGAAUUAUUUAAAUUCUAAAACGUAUUUUAUUAUAUCUACAGUAGCACAAGCACAAGAUAAUAAUUUUAUUAAUUAUGAAUGGAAUGAUAAGAUUUUAAAGUAUAAUCAAAGAAAUAUGGGUAUAAAGGGAAAUGUAAACUUUAUAUUUGAUUUACAAAAAAUCGAAAUGAAAUUAGCAAGAAAAUUAGUUUUUGAUAAAGUUUAUUUUAAAAUGGAAAAUAAUCAAUUUUAUUUAAAAAACUUUUCAUUCAAAUAUGAAUUAUUUCAUAACUCUCCAAAAAUUCUUUUUGAUAUUAAAAAAGUAUUACUACAAGUACCUAUCCCGGGAGAUAAAAUUCUAAUGAUAUUGACAUUCUUUCAGCAAUCAAAUUCUUCAUUAAUUUUAAAUAGUUCAACAAAUUCAGCUAAUCUAUCUGAAUUACUAUUUCUUUUUGAAAUAAUGCUUUGUUUUAUCAAAGAAUUAUCAAUUCAAAAUAAUAGUAUACCUAUUUUAGAUUUUGUUGACCAAUGGUUGAAAUUAGCGAGAUAUAAUAUAGCAACUAUAGAUAUACUUAAAGAGUUUUCUUUAAAACAUAUUAUUGCAUUUUAUGAAUUAAUUGAAGAACAAGUUGCUAAUUCAAUAAUUCACAAUAUAGAUGAUAAAUUUAAAAUUCCAUUAAUGCAGCAAAUGAAGGAUUCAAUCAAUAAGGUUGUGAGUUAUAAUAGUCAAAGUCAACAACUUAUUCCUGCUAAAGCAUUGGCUCUUGCUUUAAAAAGAUUUAUUUAUAGAUUUUUAUUAGUUAAUUUUAAUAUUGAAGAUCAGAAUUUAAAUACAUAUAUUUUGGAUUUCACUUUAGAUUUGUGGACUGGUGAUAUUAAGCAAGAAUUGAUUGAAAAAUUGUUUCCUACUUGUUUAUUAGUAUCUCAUGCUUAUAAUGCUUACACAUUUAUUGUUAGUGAAAUUGAGAAAACAAUGAAGGGAGAAGAAAAUAAUGAAAGUUUUACAUCUGCAUCUUCAUCAACCACAAGAAAAAAUUUGAUUAAAAAAUUUAAGAAGUUUACAAGUUAG